AUGGCCCGCUGCAACAUCACCAAGCUCACCGGCGCGGCCGCUCGCGCCCUCCCCAUCGCAUCGCAAGCCCGUUUGGCAGUCCCGCGCCGCUCUGCUCUCCUCUUGUCCGCCUCCAAGCCUGCUGCCUCUGUUAUCCCGGCCCGCAAGCUUUUCACAACGUCGGCCGCUUCUACACGCGGUAUCAUGCCCGAUACUGACGACCCCAAGGUCAAGGAGACGCCCACGGAAGAAGUCAAGAUGAAUGUCGUUGAACUCACAGAUGCCGAAUAUCACGAACUAUCCGACGCUCACCUCGAGACCAUUCUUACGCAGCUAGAGGAGAUAGCUGAUGCUCGUGAGGGUGUUGACGUUGAGUAUGCUGCCGGUGUUCUCACUGUCACUUUCCCGGAGGUCGGCACCUAUGUGAUCAAUAAGCAGCCCCCCAACAAGCAGAUCUGGCUCUCGUCUCCCGUUUCAGGCCCCAAGCGCUACGACUGGGUCGUUGUUGGCGACUCGCAGAACGACAAGGAAGGAACUGCUGCCGGCGCAUGGGUCUACGCUCGUGAUGGCAGCACCCUUGACGACCUUUUCAUGAAGGAGCUUGACAUCGACCUUAGUAUAGCCCCGUCAACCUACGGUGAGAAUCAGUCGUAG